AAUUCCCGGCGGAACUCCCGGCCGCCGCCGCCCUUGGUUGCCCAACAACCAUGACUACUAUCUAUUGCUAAUCGCUCUUGUCCGUGAGCAACCACCGCCAGCAUGGUGAAGCCGGAUGCAAAUCUCCAGGACUUCCUGCACCCACUGAGUAUCGACCACCAGACGCUCUACCGACUCUCGCAUCAGUUCUCCCACACCUACCGCGAGCUGGCCGCCAGCUCGUCGGAGCAGUUCUUCCCCACCGCCAUCACGCGGUUGCCCACCGGCCAUGAAACCGGACGUUAUCUGGCCGUCUAUCUCGGCCUGUCGUAUCUCCGCGUGGCCUUUAUCGACCUGCUGGGUCACCCACCUCUGGGCAGACAACCACAUGUGAGACGUACGCUCGAGAAGGCGUGGCCCAUCGAAGAGCGUCUGCGCCGCGAUCAGGCCCAGUCCCUGUUUGCUUGGAUCGGCGACUGUAUCGCUGAAGUUAUUGCUGAUGAUCUUGCCAACGCCAAGGGGGACUCCCCCGCGGAGCUGAUCAUGGGCAUUUCUUUUUGCUUUCCGACCAAGCAGAAGUUUCUCAACGAGGCCAUUCUGAUGCCGACCGGAAAGGGCUUCGCUUUGAGCUCUUCGCUGAAUCUUCAUCAGGCGUUGCUGGACGGGUAUGAGUGCCAUACCCGACGCUCAGGUCAGAAUUCCAGUGAUAUGCCAGCCAAGCGACGCAAGACAUAUUGUCUGCCCAAGUUGAAAAUCACCGUCAUGACCAAUGAUACGGUCGCGACACUGGCGUCUCUGGCGUAUUCGAUCCGGGCUCUACCCAACACUCGGGUCGUCAUGGGGCUGAUCGUAGGCGCGGGCUGCAAUUCGGCGAUCCCGAUGAAACUGGCUGAUCUGCAAGAAUCCAAAACGGCUCAUAUCCGAGAGAAACAGCCGGAAGCGGUGGAAACCGUUGUCUCGACUGAAUGGACGCUCCGCGGGGCCACCGGACCGCUGGAGGGGCUCGGCAUCGUGAAUAAGUGGGAUUCUGAACUGGAAGAGCAUUCCAACCGGCCAGGGUUCCAGCCGCUCGAGUACAUGGUUGGUGGUCGGUAUAUUGGCGAGCUCGUUCGGAUCAUCAGCUAUGAUUGGUUCCAUAAAGUGAAGAAGAUCCCCCGGUCUUCAUUGCCAGUGAAGCUGGUAGAGGGGUACUCUCUCUCGACUGAGUUUCUCUCCCUGGUGGUGGCCUCCAGCACCUCGGAUGAACGUCUAGCGGUUGCUUUGUCAAAUCAGCUGCCGUCGCCAGCCUCCAGUGACUGGAUUUGGACUCCUGAGUUUGCCGGUCACAUUCGUUCCAUAGCAGCUGCAGUCCAAGAGCGAUCGGCUGCUUUGGUUGCUGCCGCGACAGUUGGACUUCUCGCAUGUACCCGCGAAAUUGAAUUCCAAAACACGACAGUCCUUGACAUUCCAGGCAACUCGAGUCAAGAAGAGGUUGCAACAACAGAGCAUACAGUACCGAACCUUGGAGCAAUACCCGGAUGGCAAAAAGGCCCCGAGGAACUGGUGGUGGCCGUGUCUGGUGGUGUCAUCCAGCACUAUCCACAUUACAAAGACCGGAUUCAGCGGCAUAUUGACCGGUUGAUUCUCAGCGCUGGGCCCCAAGGCGAAGGAAAGAGCGUCUUCCUGCGAGAGGCCAGUGAUGGUGGGAUCGUGGGCGUGGGUGUUCUAGCAGGCUCUGUGGCCGGGGAGAUUGAGGGAAUCGUUGGCUCGACAUUAGAAUCGGAACGCAGCCAGAUAGAAGCUGGAAACAGAGCUAAACCAGUUCGAUAAAAGUACUCAGACUACUUCGGAUGGCAUACACCAUCUGGCAAAGCUUUAAAAAUUCAUUCUGG